AUGGCUUCUGGUGGGGAAAUGGAGGUAGUAGUAGCAGAGGCAUUCACUGGCUUUCUUGGGAUAAGCUCACGAAAAGCAGUACCACAGCUGAAAUUAUUUUCACUCUUACAAGAGAUGCCACAAGGCCAAGCAGAACAAAUUGCAACUUUAUUGUGGAGUGUUUGGAAAAGCCGUAAUUUACGUGUUUGGGAGAAUGUUACGGACACUGGGCAGCAAAUAAGUGGGGAUGCUGGAGCUGCAGAUGCACCACAUACUACUGCUGUCAUGACAGAUUUUGCAGCUCUUGUCAUGACAGAUUCUGCAGCAACAGUAGCACUGCCAGUUCAAUGCAAAUGGCUGAAACCGCACCAAGGAAGGUUAAAAUGCAAUGUCGAUGCAUCAUUUUCGGAAGCAUUGAAUUGUGUUGGUUUUGGGCUGUGUAUUAGAGAUGAAUACAGGAAUUUUAUCAAAGCUAAAACAUUGUGGUCGAUUCCCGUUUGCUCUUCGGAUGUAGGCGAAGCAUUGGGUCUUUACCAUGCUAUUCAAUGGGUGCGAGAAUUACAACUUUCGAAUGUAGAUUUUGAGUUGGAUGCCAAGAAAGUUGUGGAUUAUUUCAAUAAGGGCGGGAAUGAUAUAUCCGAGUUUGGAGCUAUAAUGGAUGAAUGUAGGAAGAAUUGCAAUGAUUGUUUUGAAAAUUCUAAGGUGGAGUUUAGUCGGAGACAAGCGAAUGUGGUCGCUCAUACUCUUGCUCGAGAGGUCAUUUCCCUAGCUAGUCCCCAUAUUUUUGAUGAUGUACCUCUUUGUAUCUCGACUUGA